AUGGUUUCGUUAUCUUUUCUUGGUCGCAAAAAAAACGCCCCGAAACUGGCGCCGGCGGUGCCGCCGAAGCCAGCGCCCGCCCCAUCCAAAGCGCCGGCAGAAUGCUCAAUGCAAGCUCAAACCACCCCCGACCCUGCCACAAACACCCCUUUCAUGACCACAAACACGCAGGGCCCCGCCAUAAGUUUUGCCGGCCUGUCCGGCCAUAAUCUCCCGGAGAUUCCCGGCGUGGCCGUGCCGUCGCAAGAAUCAUUCUAUUCGAGCCUCGGCAGCAACGACGCCGCUCUGGAGCAGGCUCUUCAGGAAGCAAGGCUCCGCCCCCCUGCGCCCCCGGCGUUGAACACGGACCUCCCGGUAUUCUCCGAGCCCACACAUCCGCGGGCGUCGUUCAUCCGCCAUUCUCGGGUGCUCUCUGGCACCAGCACCAUCGCGGGCGGGCUCAACUCGAUGGUAUUGCCGCUGCAGACGCUCCGCCAUCGGCAGAAAACCAUCAUCACGGACUUACCCGCGGAGUUGCUGCCUGUGGUGAACUUGGCAAACGCACAACGGCUCCGGCACUACGCGAGCGGCCCGAUCAGCCUUUUAACCGAGGACGGGCUGGCGUGGCUCGCGGCAGAUGCCACGUUGACAGGAACGGAGCUUCUGCUCUGGUUCGCCGGCCACCUGAAACCGCGCUACUUGAACAUCCAGGACUGCAGCAUCGUGCCCUCGCGGGGCCCCGUCCCGGGUGGCGAUCUGUUGUACGACUUGCUCGUGUUGCAAGAUUAUGACUUCAACGUCGUCUCGCUCCGUUUCGCCGAUGCGCUGGACAUGCACACGUGGCUCGCGGCAAUGCAGUUGGCCAAGUUCGAGCACACCUCGCUCAAUGAGGCCUUUACUGCCGUGGUCUUGUCCUGGAAAGGCCCGCAAUUGUCUGACAUCUACACGCUCUUGGCCCACAAGAAGCGCUUCACUCGCUUCGAGUGGUGCAAUCUCCGCUUGCCCCAGGUGUCCAACAAGUGGAUCAAGGUAUUUAUGGCAAUUGUUCCCGGUGAUGCCAAAAAGAAUGGUCGUGUCGAGAUUUACGCCUCAGACAAGAUUACCAAGAAGAAUUUGAUCUUGUAUGUGAAUGAUGUCUUUUCCGUGUACAACGUGUACCCAGAGGACCACCGCAUGAUUGACUUCAACCUGAUUAUGAAAUUGGAUGGAGAGGCAUUUGUUAAUAGGCUGUACGAGCACUUGUUCUCUGGGAAUGCAUCGCCCACAUCGCCAAAACCUCAUUCCCGGCGAAGCUCCGUCACCUCUUUUGGCUCGUUGAACCCUCCAACGCCAGUUCAGGUUUCAGGUACGAGGUCCAGGAGCACUUCCAUUAGCUCCACGUCGUCUUUCUUUACCCAUGCUCCGUCGCCUAAAUUGGAUGCGCCGGUGUCCAACCCAGGCUCCCCAACAACGAAAUCGAAGCACUUCUUCAAGAAGCAAACUGCGAACAAUUUCGUCACCACGAAUUACUUGUACUUGAUGCCAGAGGCGCACCCCGGAGUGUCGGCAAUCGAGAUCAUGCUCAGAAAUUUUGUCCACAUCAUUGAUGCCUUUAAGUUGUACGGACGCCCAGAUCAUCUCAAUAGCGACAAGAAAGACCCCAUCUCCAUGCUCUUCGGCUUGCCAUCAUUGCCUCAUUACUGCUACUUAGACCUUGAAGAUGCCUAUGGCGUGGUGGCUGCAAACUUCGAUACUGCCCGCUUGCAGAAUUGGGGCCAAGGCGAAUGGAGAACGACUUUGAAGGAGUAUUUGAGGUGUAAGCAGAUUGACACAGACUUCAAGGGCACAGACAACAUCUAUGAUUUGUUCAACUCAGUGAAUGACGAGGGUGACAGCGGAAGUAUUGCUGAUGGCGCCAUUUCGCCAUUACAGUCGAAAAUGCAGAGUCCUCAGAAAAACCCUUUUAAUAUGAAUCUCAGUGGAUCAGGCAGCUCUGACGAUUUUCAGAAGAUGUACAAGGAUGGCGACUCAAUCGGGCUUGGCAAGCCGAUUGAUCUCAAUGAAGACUUGAGAGGCUAUUACGAGGCUUCAAACGGCGUGAGUGAUCGGCAGGAUUUCGGUGCCAAGUCCCGGACCUUACAUCCUAUUAUGGACUUACCAACGCCGAUCGACGACGCUCACGGGGCAAGUUAUUUUGCUAAAGAGAGACAGGUUCUGUCGUAG